AUGUUGACUGUCUUACUCCCUGAUGAAAUUACCAUGUGGCAAUCAGAUGCCUAUACUUCGAAUCCAGUUGCAAAUUUUGGCAGUGAUAACUUUUUAAUGCAAUCAGUGACUGGAUAUGUCUAUCACCAAGUGCCUUUCAAUACUUGGUCUCACAUUCUGACCUUUCCCAUUGAUUUGACAUGGUGGGCUCUCUACAUUAACUAUUACAGUGAAAUGUGGUUUGGCGAUAGUAUUCUCAUGUAUACUCACUAUGCCAUUUGUGUGAUGCAACUGAUUUCAGUAUGCUUUAGACCUCAGAGUACCUUGUCACAUCAAGAUGUUGCUGCCAGUGACAAUUUAAAUCCUGCCACCUCUCUUCCAAAAUCUUUGAUCACAACGAGCAGUGCUCCAAACAGUGGAGCUGAUGUUUCUGCUUCUUUGAGACAGGAUCCAGCUCAGUCCUCUUCAUCCUCAACUGUUCAACAAAGUACUGAGAAUGCCACCACCACCACCACCACCACCACCACUACUGAAACUGCCACAAAUACCACUCAAGAAGAGUCAUUCUCAUUCAGAGAAAUGAUGAAAGAAUUGUACAGAGAAUUUUAUUUCACUCAAUUCGUGGUCGUCUUUUCUGGAUUCACCUUUUGGUACAUUGUGUUGCAAAUGUUACUCCCAGCCCCAACAGUUAUGGUUAAAUUCUUUUGUCCUCAAUUCAUUUUCGAACAAUUGCCAACCCUCGCUCAAACAAGUGACAUUUUCUGGUUGAAUAUUUUCAUUGCACACAAUGUAAUUUUCAGAGUAUUGGGACAUUGUGCUGAUUACUUGCCUCCAAUCAUGUUCAUUGGAAAGGAUUUACCAUUCACUUCUAUUGGUCAAGGUUUUGCCAUGUUUGGAAAAUUCAGAAGUUGGAGAUGGAUCUUGCAAAUUCCAUUCGCCUACUGCUCAGAGUUGUGUGCUGGUUAUCCAGGAAGACUAUUUGCUUGGAGAAUGUUGGCCGAUUUAAGAGUUGUUUUGAAUUAUUGUGGUGUUGAUGAUAGCAAGCAAAUCAACUUUUUCACAUUGAAUUGGUUUGAAGUCGACCAUGCAAAGGAUUUGAUCAAUCUUCAUGGAUGGAAUUCUUGGACACCAACUUCACACUUGUUUGGAGCAAUUGAAAAGGGAGAUGAAAAUGACUUAAAGUCCCCUUCAGGUUCUGUCACCACCAACACUCCUCCCACCCUCUCAUUGUCAAAAAACAAUGAAAAUAAGGAUGUGGAACAUUUACAUUCGGAUCAAUUGUUUCGUUCAUUGUUUGUUUUGAAUCGUCAUUGGUUUGAGUGUUUGAAAACCUACCCCACUGUGUUUUUAAGAAAGUGCAGAAACAGCGAAGGUGCAUUGAAAGUAUUGCGUGAUCGCUUUAUGGACUUGAGAUUUUUGAAUUUGAGUGGACUGGACUUGCAUGACAGCGAAGGAAAUUGUCAACACCACUUGCGAACACUAAGAGAAGCCAUGAAGGCUGCUUGCAAAAGAUUACGGUAUUUUAGAAUGUCCAAUUGCUUGACAAGUCCAAUUCAAAAAGGUAUUGUAAAUCAGAUGACCUUACGAAACAUUGAAACAGAACUCGGAAAAGAUGGUCACAACUGGUUCGCCCAGCUCAGCGAUGACGGAAGAGAAAUAACCAUUGAAAUAUCAAUCAAACAUAUUGAGACCCUUGUAUUUGAAAUGCUUGGACAGAUCAGUACCGUUCGAGUAGUGAAUAUCGGUGAAGAAGAAGUAGAUAGAAACUGUAACUUAACACCAAAUUCAAUUUCAUUAUUUAUCUCAAGAUGCCGACACGUAGGAUGUGAAACUUUUGAAACAUUUUCACAGAAUGAAGAAUUCUGUAAACGUGUGACAGAAAUGAUGUUAGAAUGGAACGUUGGUGUGGAUGAUUUGACAUUCGAGUCCAUAAGUCGGUCUUUCCCGAAUGUUGAGAAACUGAGUGUUGCUAAUUGUGUUUCAAUAUCCUCUGCUGGUUUUGAAAAGAUUUCAUGCAUGCAUAACCUUCGUUCCUUGGUUGUUGUGGGCACUAAAAUUAAGGACGAGGAUCUCAUCAAAAUCUCCACUCUUCCCAACCUGAAAGCCAUCGAUCUUACAGGUACAAAGGACACUAUUGUCUCUGAAGAGUCCUAUCUGAAAUUUGUUGAAAAUCGCCCUCAACUGGAAGAAUUAUCAGUGUCUGAUUGCAACUUGACAGACGUCACUGUCCUCUUAAUCAAGAAGAAUCUCAAAAAAUUGAGAAAGUUGGACUUGUCGUGGAAUGUGGAAAUGACGGAUGAAGGGAUGGAGAAUAUUCUUGGAGAACUUCCUCUACUUGAGAAUUUGAAUGUCAUUUCGGGAGCUAAAAUCGAACAUGCACUGUUGUUGAGAGAAAGUAUCGCAGCAGAUCGUCCUCUGUUGCCUCAUCUUAAAAAGUUGUGUCUUGGAAUGAGAAACUUUCAGUCCUCACAAAGUAUCAGCAACAUACUCAAGAAUGCUCCAAAUUUGACAUCACUGCUCUUGUCUGGUUGCUCCUCUUUGACUUCUGAUUCCUUUGAGGUUUCUGAAGCUCCAAAUUCUCUGAACAAGCUCAAAGAAGUGCAUCUUAUGAGAUGUAGGCGACUGGACGACAGUGUCCUUGAUAAAUUGAUGCCACUUUGUCUCUCGAGUCUCGAAUCUUUGCUGUUGCAAAAAACAAAAAUCUCAAAGGAAAAGAUUGAACACUGGAAACAGCAGUCUGGAGGUAUCCUGAAAAAGAUUGGUUACCCCAAAUAUUGA